GUUGCUUCGAUUGAUUAACUUUGGUUUUCGACUUCUGACAGCUGUACAUCAUGCCGCAGAUUAAAUACCUCUUGUUCGACUGCGACAACACAUUGGUCCUUUCGGAGCCGUUAGCCUUCGAAUCAUGUACGGAACUUGGCAACUUGAUCCUCAAGCAACACUUGCCAGCUGAUCCUGCUCCCUUUCAAUACACCGAGUCCGAGCUCCAGGAGGAAUUCGUCGGUCUCAACUUUCGAGGGCUUGUCACAACGCUUGGACAGAAGCAUGGAUUCGAAGUGCCCCCUACCGAGUUAGACGACUGGGUCUCGAGAGAACUGGAGUCCACGACGUCGAAACUCGCUGCACGAGCUGUUCCUUGUGAAGGCGUGAUGGAGGUUCUAGACAAGCUUCAGUCCGAACACAAAUACGGUCUCGCUGUGGUCUCUUCCUCCGCCAUGUCUAGGGUCCAAGCUGCUCUCAAAAAGACUGAUCAAACAAAGUACUUUGGCGACAGAGUCUUUUCUGCUGCCUCUAUGGAGCCACCCACUUCUAAACCAGACCCUGCAGUCUACCUCCACGCUUGCGAAAAGCUGGGAGUCAAACCCGAAGAAUGUGUCGCCAUCGAGGACUCCAAGUCUGGAGCAACGGCAGCUAUGAGAGCUGGCAUUCACGUCCUCGGAUACGUUGGACCUUACUAUGACGACGGUGGCAUCGAAAAGGUCAAACAGAUGGAGAAGACCUUGACGCAGGAUUGCAAGGCUGAAGGAGUGAUGCAUCAUUGGAAGGAUUUUGAAGACUGGAUAAGGAAGAUUGAGGCCGCUUGAUCUAGCGGAUUGAGACCAAAGGAGGAUAUCCCCUGGAGGAGUGUGAGAUUUCAGUCUCUUAGCCACACUCAUAGACAUUGUAUGGCAUCGUAGCAGGGGACCAAUGCAUUGUUCCAUCACGGAGUC